AAAUAAGCAGAAUUUUGGAUUUCAAGUCCGAGAAUAAUUAUCUCUUUUCUAGGGUUUCAGGGCCUCAAAAUAAGUCAACGAGUGGGAGUAUCAAAGGAAAUCUGGAUAAAAUUGCAACAAAAUUCUGAACAUAAGACUCAUAACACGCCCCCUAUUACUAUUGAACUAGCCAAAUAAGAGAAGGUGAUGGAGGUCCCCCUCCGCCCUCUUUAAAUACUAUAUAUUGUAAAUUAAGGAAUAAUCUCAGUUCCUCAAGCUCCAGAAGCCCCCUUCUCCCCUUCCCACACCAAACAGAAUGCUAUCCCACCCGAAAAAUCAGUGGAAACUGAAUCAAACAAGUUCCUAACACAAGAACCAGGAUCCACAAGAAUAAGGUUUAAGCAAGUACAACAGAUAUAAGGGAGUCUGUGGGAGUUUACAUGAACUCAACUGGACUAGAGAGAACAUUUUGCUUUCAAACAAACGAGUGAAUCGUCAAAUUGAUAAGGUUCAGGUUGAUGAUUCUACAACUGUACAUAUAAUUUUGGGCAAAUUUCUACUCAGUCAUUACUGAUUCCCAUCCAGCUAAUUGUUCCGUCUUGUGCUUUAGAGCAGUUGCACAAUGUUCAGAUACAAAAAAUAGAAAAGUAAUCUUCAACACAACUGCUGAACUAAAACUACUAGGGAAGUUUUACAGCACUGACUAGGGAAGAGAUAAAUCUAGAAUCAACUGUUCACAAGGAAGAGCAGUAACCAACCUUUCGAGGAAAUGAACAGUGGUCCGCUUUUAAAAACCUGUUAAAGAAUUGUGUCGAAUUAGAACACAUAAAUGUUGAACACAGGUGAACAAACAUAAAUGGAGAAGGCAGUUUGAGUUUAACCCCCAAAAAAUGACACCAACACUGCAUUUGAUCAGAACAAUUGGCAAAUAAAACUCAAUUAACUGUUUCUUCUGUAAAUUUGGAAAGUUGAAUAUUAUUUAAGCCAACCGUGAACAUUUGGAGUUGGAACUUUCAGUAAGGAUUCCAGGUGGAAAAAUAGUGUUCUCCUGUAGCACUACAGGAAACGUGAAGAGGGGAAUUGCCAUUUAUUUAUCGCAAGGUCACGUUAUGCUUUAUGCACCUACAUCUACUAUAUAUGUCUCGACAAUCUCAAGGAUAUUAGCAGCCACCCAGGUCCCCAAUCACUUCAAAUAUGAACUAAACCAGACAGACACAUGCGAUCAGAAGGAACCUGUUACUAUGUUGAUUUUGUUUUUCAGACCGAUUCAUUCAGUAAACCAUUAGAGCUUAACCACUCUGACACAAGAAGCAAGAGAAUGCUGUCUCAUUGAUGCAAUGAAUGAAACAGGCUUCACUAGGUACAACUUAGGGAGUAAAGAUUAAACACAAUAUUUUAAUUCAAACCCAGAAUCAUCCAACAGAACCACUCUAAAAAUAGAGCAAUCCAGCAAUUGAGCCAACAGGCUGACGUGGGGUGCCCAAAGCCACAAAAUGAAUGUCAGUUGUUCAACAAUGUCCAUUGGCAUCUCUAAUUUCUUAACAUCAUCCAAUUGAGUAAGGAAACAAGUUAAAGGAAAAUGCAGUCCACGUAGUGAGUUCCAAACUUAGCCAAGAACAGUAAUAAAUAAAUAAAAAAGGAAUUGUUUUACUUCCAGUACUUAACCCCUAGAAAUGAACACAGACACUAGGCAUUGAACCUGGUAUGCAUCAUCAUGAUCAAGAUCCAAAUAAAUUCAAGCCAAAUUCGAGUCUGUCUGAUCAAGAGCAGGGGGGGAAGAAAAUGCAGUACCGUGUUAGAAGUAGCAGGUCUAGAACGGUCAAGAAAGGCAGCUGAAGAAGCCGACAUUGACACAGUUUCCGGGGGAUCAACGACGCCGGCACGGGACAUUAGUGUGUUCAACUCCUCCGAACCGAGCAGCCCAUUGCUGGCCGACUCGGCCGGGCAGAUCGGGAAGGGGAUCUACAGUUCACACGAACCAGGCGAUCGGAAUCAAAUAUGGGCAAUCGCCACAAGCAAGUGAUGAUAAGGAUUUCUUUCCUUGUUUACUCCUUUGCCUUCCCUUUUCCCGCGGUUAGGGUUUCCGAAAGCGACCAAGGAAUGACAAUAACUCCCAAGCUCUAGGUUUCUUUCUACUCUAAACGAGCCCAGACAAAUUUGCUGCGGCACUUUCUCGUGGUAGUUCUCUGGUGAGGUUGGGGCCUCCGUGAGAGAGAGAGAGAGAGAGAGAGAGAGAGAGAGAGAGAGAGAGAGAGCAAAUUGCGAUGGAUGGAUUAGGUGGGUGGAUGGAGUAGUGGUUGUCUGUCUCUCAGUAGUAUAUUACUCUCUCCCGCUGUUCGUCAGUUUGCGGGAGAAGGGAAGUGAGAAAGUGGGGGCAAUGAAGGGAGAGAGGGAGAGGGGACUUUGCUUUCCACCUACUUCUCUCUCACCUUGAUAGCAGUCGCUCGCAGGCAGACAGGCAGUAAUUAAAAACUGAAAAAUUGUGAAAGAAGAGGAGGAGGAAGAAGAAGAAGAAGAAGAACUGCGAGAGAGGAGGAGAGGGGAUUGUCAAUUUGUCAUGGAUUGCAAACUAAUGUAAUAAGGUCUAAUUGUCUGC